UUUAUUAGAGUGGACUAGUUUCGAAUACAGUUGUAUAUUAUUAUUGAAAUGAUUUAAACACUAGUGUACGUUUUGUAGAAUAAAACAGUUUAAUAGUUAGUGCUUAAUUAAAUUAUUGUUUUUUUAAAAAAUAUGCACGUUCUAAAGUGUACUGACAAUCCAUAAGCUUUUGUAGUAUACAAAAAAACAAAAGUUAUCUAAAGUAUGGCAUUAGAACCAGGAAAGUCACGUCAAUUUCUGGCAGCGAUCAUUGUGAAUUUAUCAGCAAUAUUGCAUGGGAUGAACAUUGGAUGGUCAUCACCAACAAUGCCUCGUCUUCAGAGUGAACAAACACCUGUUGGAGAUGAACCCUUAUCAGAUUAUCAAGUCUCCUGGUUGAACAGUAUCGUGUACAUUGCAUCAUUAUUUGUAUUACCAAUAUGUAAUUAUGUAUCUGAAAAAUACGGACGGAAAAUGGUUGGAUAUUUAGUGACUAUUCCGUUAAUAACUUGUUGGAUUCUUAUUUUUUUCGCGACGAAUUUUUGGCAUUUGUUUAUCGCUCGUUUUUGUGCUGGUUUCGGUGGCACUACAAGUCUUUUUUUAACCCCAAUUUACGUCUCUGAGAUAUCUGGCGACAGUAUACGAGGGAAACUGGGAAGUAUUUUUAUGUUUUCACUAAAAUUAGGAAUUCUAUUGGGUUACAUUAUUGGUGCCGUAUUAUCGUAUCAUUUAUAUGCAUUAUGUGCACUUGCCGUAUGUUUUACGUUUUUUGUAUGUUUUAAUAUCUUACCAGAAACUCCCAUUUAUCUCAUUCGUAAUAAAAAAAUUGCUGAAGGCACUAAGUCUUUGAAGUGGUUAAAAAAUGGUGAUGGAACAGUGGUGGAACGCGAAUUAUCACGACUACAAAUCUUUGUAGAAAAACAUUGUAAUGCCGAAAAUUCUGUUAGUUUGAAAGAUUUAUUUCGUGAUAAAGGCACUAUUAAAGCUUUUAUCAUUGCUUUGACUUUAUUAUGCGGACAACAAUCAUGUGGAAUUAUGAUUGUGCUUGCGUAUACUGCAAUGAUAUUUCAAAUGGCCGGAAGUUCUUUGCAACCGAAUAUUUGUGCUAUUAUUAUUGGUCUAAUACAAAUAUUCAGCUGCUGGUUAUCAACAUUGCUAAUGGAACGCGUUGGAAGAAAAACAUUAAUAUCUAUAUCUUGUAUCGGUAUUAUUACAUGCAAUUGUAUUCUAGGAGUAUUUUUCUAUCUAAAAUUUAAUUUAUAUGAUGUGUCUUCAGUCAGCUGGAUCCCUUUAAUCGCAUUGUCCGUAUUUUCUAUUACGUAUUGCCUCGGCAUGGGUCCAGUACCUUUUGUAGUUAUUUCGGAAAUUUUCAGCUCCGACAUUUCGGCACUAGCUACUUCAGUUGUUAUGAUUUUCAUGGCUUUAAUAGGUUUUAUUGCUAUGACAACUUUUCCUUUUUUCGUUGAUCUAGUGGGAUUACAUGGGACUUUCAUUAUAUCAGCUGUUGCUUGUUUAUUUACAUUUAUAAUUAUUAUUUGUAUUUUGCCCGAAACUAAAGGAAGAAGCUUACAAUCAAUUAUUUACGAAUUAAACGAUACCCCUGAAAAAUUAGGAGUAAAUACAUCGAUAGAAACUUCAAUUCAGAAAAUAAAAACGAGUAAGCCAAAAAAAUUGGCUAAUCGUUUAUCUGUCAAAAAGAAAGAAAUUCAAUAACUCAACUUUCUAUGAAGUUUUUUUGUAAGUUAGCUAAAUAUUUUUGUUCAUUAAUUUCAACUUCAAUGAUUAUCAUGGUCUGACUUUAGAUAAAUUACAUAAGUUUAUUGUAAAAACAGAAAAAAAUAAAAUAAGUCUC